AUGGGAUCGUCAAAAAAGGUAAAAAAUAAAAGAAAACACAAUGAAAUAGAGUCUCCUGAAAUUGAUGAUCAAUCUAUAAACCACCACAAACGUCGCAUAAGUAAGAAGGAUGAUUCAGGUAAACAUAAAAGUAAGAAACAUUCCAAUUCUAAAAAAGAGAAGAAAGAUAGAAAGCAUAAAAAGAGUAAGAAACUAGAUACACAUGAUAAGAAUGAUAAGAAUGAUGAAAUACCAUUCAAUAUUUUUUAUAAUUAUUCACAGGCAUUAGAACUUGAACAUGCGGUAACUAAAUUCAUGGAAUCAUAUAAUAAGAUCAUUGAAUUAUCACCAAAUUUUAAAACUUAUCAACAAAUAGAUACAAAUAAGGAUAAAAUAGAUUUCCAAUUAGUACCAUCAUUUUCCAGGCAUAAGCUGAAAUUUGCUGCAGAGAUUAAAUCACUCAGUGAAUUACAUAAACCAUUAGACCUCCAAGAUCUCGCAACAUACGAAACCCAAUUCGAUAAGGACGAAAUAAAACCAAUCCUGAAUAAUUUGGCCACAGAAGAUGUUAGGAUGCUAGAACAAAGUAAACCGUUGGCCAUAACGAACGACAACAAACUUGUCAAUAGUAAUGAUAUUCUUGGCGAAAGCAAGGAAAAUAACGAAGCUAUAUCGACCUCUUUGGAGAAGAACUGGCCUCCCGAACUUCUUCCAAUUAAAAACAUUGCAUUAAAAUCACAAGUAUUUAUACAUAAGUCAAUGGUGAACAACAAGCUAUACUUAACUGAGAAGGAAAUGCUACAUACCCACAAUGAAAGAUUAGAGUUCCUUGGAGAUUCUGUUUUAAAUACAUUAAUGACACUUAUUAUUUACAAAAUGUUUCCGAAUUAUGAUGAAGGUCAGUUAUCAAGCCUGAGAAUCCAGUUAAUUAACAAUCAAAAAUUAAAAGAAUUUUCACAAGCAUAUGACAUGGACAAAUAUUUAAAAAGUAAUGUCCUUCAAGAUGGUGGGGCGAAGUAUUUUUCUGGGAAGCAGAAAAUGACAGCUGAUAUAUUUGAAGCAUAUGUUGGUGCUUUAGUUGAGGAUAAAUCAUCAACUCUAGGUGAUAUCCAAAAUUGGCUGGAGAAGCUGGCUCUACCUACCAUAAAUGAAUGUACAAAUACAAAGAAAGGUAUAUUUGAAGAUAAUAAUGAUUUAAACAUAAAUGCUAAAAGAAAGCUAUACUCAUUAAUCGGCUACGCAGCAUUAGAAUUACAUUACCAGACAGUUCAAAGACCAUCUCGUGAAAAUCCAGAAACGACUGUCGUUUGUAAGAUUGGUGAUGGCACAAUUUUAGGUUCAGGAACAGCUAGAAAUACAAAACUAGCAGGUUUAAAAGCUGCCGAGGAUGUAUUAAAUAAAAAAGAUAUUAUUGAAAAGUAUGCGAACCAAAGGGCUGCAAUUCCAAGAUCAGAAUCGUCUACAAAGGCAUCAACUACAGCCAAUAAAUUUCCUAAAAUAAAUUCUGGUGGAGAAUAUAGCGAAAAUGGAUUAACAAGAUCUCAUCCCCCAAUAUCUAGUAGUGUGAGCAAAGUUGUAUUAGGAUCUGACGGGGAACUUCAAAUGCAAUAG